AUGUCACCACCACCAGCUUCCCAUCGACCCGACACCACCCCGCGGCGCAAGAAGCGGCCGCGCCCUCUCCCCCACGUCAACGCCCGCAACCUCGCCAUUGAAAAGAAGCGGCGGGAGCAGAUGAAUGAUAAUUUCGUGGACCUGGCCCAUCUCGUCCCCUCGCUGGCUCACACCCAGCGACUCACCAAGGUGCACAUUGUCCGCGAAACCAUUGCGCACCUGCGCAACCACCAGGCGCUGUGCGCCGCGACCGCGCACGAGAUUCUGGGGCUGCGCGCGGACCUGGAGCGUCUGCGGCGGCCCGGGGCGGCGGCGCUGGCGGCGUCCCCGACCGUGGCCCGGCUGCUGGCGGUGAGUCGGUUGAGGAGCGGCGACGGGACGGCGACGUUGAGGGAUGCACACGAGGGGCCGGAGCCCAAGGGUGGCAGCACGGCACUCGAUGGGUCGGGGGACGGUGACGGCGCGAGGCAGCAGGUAUCUGUACUCUGGGAGGCAGGGCACGGUAAUGAGGUGUCGGCGCAGGAUGCCCAGAGCUUGUGGGAUACUGGAUAUGAUUUUACGGGAAUAUUCGAGUCGGGUCAGGAGCCGUUAUUAUGGCCUCUUGCUCCAGAUGCAUCGGCUUCGAGUUCUAACCUGUUGGGUGCGAAUGGCGUGCCUACACCUCCCCGCCAUAGCUUCGACCUCGAUGUCAUGACCAAUCUUGUCUAUCCUACCACUUUUCUCCCCGAGGACAUGAUAUACAAUGCAAGCUUGAAAGACUCUCAUUUGGGCGAUGCAUGGUCCGGACUAGGUCUAGGAUAG